AUGGCGGCUCCUCGAGACCUGAAGCCGACGGAGAUAUCGUACUUCUCGCCCAUGGGAUACCAGCGAAAUACAUGUGGAUACUGUAAAAGGACGGAUGGAAGCGCCAGUUACUAUGCGUCAUCGACUUCUGUGCGCGUCGAGGAGUAUGAAGAGCUGAUGAACCGUGGCUGGAGGAGAUCCGGGUCCCUUUACUAUAAACCCAACCUGGCCAGGUCAUGUUGCCCGCAUUAUACCAUGAGAUUAAAUCCCAAGGAGUAUAAGCCACGUCGAGACCAGAAGAAGGCUCUUAAUCACUGGAAUUCAUACGUGCUGGGUGCAUCGGAGAAGAAUCAUCAUAACCAGACGUUCGACCUGAGUCAGCGUGUUCACGAGAUGGAAUAUGCCAACUUGUCCAGACCUAUCAACCCAAAGACCAAGACCACCAUUGAACCGGCGCACAAGUUCGAAGUUAAUAUCGAGUCUGACUCUUUUUCAGUUGCAAAGUACAAUCUAUUCCUACGGUACCAAACAACGGUACAUAAAGAGCACGAGUCACGAUGGAAACAUUCCGACUUCAAACGCUUUCUAUGCACUGGCAUUAAACAGAAGACCGUCAAAGAAAGUUUCAAAAGUGACGACGGCCCGGUCACUAUAGAACGGAAACUUGGCUCGUACCACCAGUGUUAUCGACUAGACGGGGCUUUGAUCGCCGUGGCCGUUCUGGACUUGCUACCUCAUUCCGUCAGUUCUGUUUAUAUUUUUUAUGACCCCGACUAUGAAAAGUUUGAACUUGGAAAGUUAAGUGCUAUGAGAGAAAUUGCGUUGACGGAUGAGAUGCGGUAUCAACAUUAUUAUAUGGACCCCGAAUCCCUUGCAUGGGGGCCACUAGAUGGCGAGUAUUCUCCGAAACUAGAUAAACGACGAUAUGUCUCGCUAGCUCAUGAUCGUAAGGUUGCGUCGUCUACCGCCCCAGAUCAACCAUCUGAUACAGUAGCUAUCUCUACGGUCAAACGCGAUAUGCCAGACAAAUACGCCGAUAUACCGAAUGAGGAAUCAAUGUCCUUGUUCGACUUACAUAUGCCAGGCGUCUUGACGUUGGAAGAGCUACGGACACAAGUAGACUUGGACCAUUGGCACCUCCUUAUCCGUGGAAUGUUGGUUGAAAUGACGGACCUCGUCGGGUGGGAGACGUCGAGUAUGACCAAUCCGCAGGCGAUAAAGGGGAUUGUAGCUGAGCUUGCUGCCGCUCUGGGGCCGAAGGUGUGGCGGGAAACAGAAACAAAUAUCUUUCGAACGAUGGCAUCUACGCCUGAGCCUAGGGAGGCGCAAGUUGAUGCGGAAAAAUGUACGGUGCCUACUGAGUCACCACCAAAAGAGCAGCCUGUCCCAGAGAAAGAUGGACGUUUACUGCCAUUUCUUCAUGCAUUCUGGUCCCGGCUUGCUUCCUGGGGUGUGGAACUGCGUGGAAUUGUUCCCGUUGGUCUUGAAGAACGAACAGACAAGAACGUGAUGAGUUUGUUCUUCCUUUGGUUCACGAUCAGUUGUAAUCUUUUACCAGUCAUUACCGGGAUGGUUGGAACGUUGAGUUUGAAAUUGAACUUGAGGGAUGCUUCGCUAGUUAUCAUCUUCUUUAAUCUGCUUUGCACGGUGCCGCCUGCCUAUCUAUCCAUAUUUGGCCCGAAGACCGGGAUGCGGCAAAUGAUACAAGCUCGUUAUAGUUAUGGGAUAUAUCUCGUUAACCUAGUGGUGUUGUUAAACAUGUCUACCAUGUCUGGCUUCACUAUCAUCAACUGUGUGAUAGGCGGACAGACUCUGUCGGCCGUAAAUAGCGGCAGCCUAAGUGUGAAUGUUGGGAUUGUAAUCGUUGCUCUGGUUGCACUAUUUAUUUCCUUCUUUGGAUAUAGAGUCCUAUACCAUUAUGAGAGGUGGGCGUGGAUUCCGACCUUGAUCAGCCUCGUCGUCGCUACUGGAUGUGGUGGUAAGUAUCUUGCCAACCAGCACACUCCGCCACCAGCGACAGCAGUACCCAUAUUGUCAUUUGGCGGCCUCUUAGCCGGUUUCCUGAUUCCCUGGGCCGCCCUGAGUUCCGACUACUGCGCAUAUUUUCACCCCAGCGUGUCUUCAAAACGUAUCUUCACAGCAGUAUACAUGGGGCUAUGUCUACCAAACAUACCACUCAUGAUCCUCGGAGCAGCCAUCGGAGGCGCGGUUCCCAACGUCCCCAGCUGGUCUGCAGCCUACGAAACAGGCUCAGUAGGCGGAAUAUUUGCCGCAAUGCUGUCCUCUGCCGGGGGAUUCGGCAAAUUCGUCAUUGUUCUACUCACCUUUUCAACCCUAGGAAAUAUCGCUGCUAGCAUAUACAGCAUAACGCUGAAUUUCCAGAUUCUACUACCGAUACUCGUGCGCGUUCCUCGUGCUGUGUUCGCAGUCGUGUUCAUCGCAAUUGUGAUACCUGUCUCCAUGCGAGCAGCAGUGAGCUUCUUUGUAUCACUUGAGAAUUUUGCUGCCGUUAUAUCUUAUUGGUCUGCAACGUUUGUCGCCGUCAUAGCUAUUGAACAUAUCGUCUUUCGGAAAAGGGGCUAUGACUCGUAUGAUCCGUCAAUAUGGAAUAAUGGCUCUGCGCUACCGAGUGGUAUUCCAGCAGUGGCCGCUGGGGCCAAUUGCGAAGACAACAGGUGA